UAUCAGUCGCUCAAGGAACUUCUGAACAGUGCACAGUAUAUGCAUAUAAACAUGAAUCCAAUCGUGCUGCUUUCUCUGGUGUCCUUGGCCACGGCCGCGCCGCUGAUCGUGAAACAGGAUCAAAACGACCAACAGUACCAACUUUACGGCGGUUUCCAACCGCUGGAGAGGUCCGACCACGAGAGUCUUGGCUCUUCUUCGGGUGGAAGUUACAGCAGUGACUAUAGCGGAGGCGGCGGUUAUGGCGGCGGCGGUUAUGGUGGCGGCGGUUAUGGCGGCGGCAGCUACGGCGGUGGUUACGGCGGUGGCGAUUAUGGCGGCGGAGAAGGCGGCGAUUUCGGAGGUGGCCACGUCGCGAGCCUCGAAGGAUCUUCCGGAGGACAUCUGGAAUCGUCCGGUGACCACUUGAGCUCGGAUUACUCUUCCCUCGGCGGCGGUUACGAGGGUGGCGACGAGGGCGGUGUUUCCUUAGACGGUGGCCACCACAGCGUGGUUCAGAGCGUCCCUGUUUCCGAGCACGUCGAGGUGACGAAGCCCGUGCCCGUUAAAGUGGUCAAGCAUAUCGGGGUACCAGUUCCUCAUAUCGUGAAGAUUGCUGUACCCCACCCCGUGCCAGUCGGUGUGCCCCAGCAGUACCCGGUUGCGCACCCGGUGCCAAAACUGGUGCCGGUUCAGGUGGUGAAGACCGUAGCUGUUCCUGUGGAAAAGAAGGUUCCGUUCCCUGUGGAGAAACAUAUUCCAGUGCCUGUAGAAAAACCGAUACCCAUCACGAUCGAGAAACACGUGCCCGUGCCGGUCAUCAAACCGUAUCCCAUUAAGAUCCCCAUCUACAAGACGAUCUACCACCACGCGAAGAAGCAUUAG